AUGACGCACCAACUUCGUAAUGUAUACAUAUUCGAUGACGAAUACGAAUCAUUAGUAGACCUAUCUUCUCAACCCAUAUCACAUUCUGAGUCUAACAAUUCUGAUAAUCCUACCAUUUCAUCUUUAUCCAACCCACUUAAUAACGACCCUCAAACUCGUACAUAUUGGAGACCCUCAAAUGAACUCCAAAAUUUAUAUGAUAGGUUCCAAAAUAAUAUUUUAAAACAAUGGCCCCGAAUUGCUUGUGUAUAUUGCGGAACCCUUCUAUAUCCUGAAAAAGCAUCAUGGAUAAUUUACAAUCCAUCAAUUACUUACCCUCUACAGCAACGCAAACCCGGUGUUUCCUUAUCCUUUAACCCCAAUGUUAAUCUAAUUACAGAUUUUAGAGUACCUACCUCACAACACAGCCAAACUAAUAACGAAAUACCUCCCGUCAACUCUCAUGAAAUAAUAGUACCUAACUAUGAUUUUCCAGACGAAAUCCAUAAUGAAGAUUUUCACUAUACCAGAUUAAUGGCAGGCUUUGUCCAAGAAA